UAACUUGAUAAAUAUUGAUAUAAUUCAUAUUAUAUAAAGAUAAAGGUGUGAUGAAUUAGUUGAUUGUUGGCACAUGAAGCUGAAAUAUCUAAAAACAUUUUUUUCGUCAGUUUUUGAUCAUGGAUCAGCUAAAACCAUUGGAAAUUAACGUAAGAUUGGCGAAAGACAUUCCAAACAUGAAAAAAUUCACGCGAGAUGGAAUUCAUGUAUAUAAUACUACAUCGGUGCAUCGCGGCGUGGUUUUAAUUAUAAACUUUUACGAGUAUUCUAACCACAAUUGUGCACCAAGAGAAGGAUCGGAGGUGGAUGUGAGUAACUUGCAGCAAUUGUUUGAACAAAUGGGAUUUGUUGUUUUGAUUGCCCCAGGACAGACGUACACGAAACAGGAUAUACAUAAUAAUUUGAAAGAUUUCGUCGAAUGUGAAGAAUUAAAAAAAGUAGAUAUAUCAAUACUAUUCCUCAUGGGUCAUGGCGGACGCAAAGAUGGCCGUGAAUAUUUCGUCACUGACGAUGUAAAAGACAACGAGAUAUAUUUCCAUGACAUUAUCAAUUAUUUCAGCAACACAAGUUGCCUACAUAUGCAACAAAAACCAAAAAUGAUUUUUUUUCAAAUGUGCAGAGGAUUAUAUGAAGAUAAAGGCAUACAAGCAGAUUCUCAUGAACAUAACAGCGUUGCUUCUGAUAAUAUCGUAAUACUACCAACUUUUACUGAUUUACUGGUUGCCUACUCAUCAGUGCCUGGAUAUAAAUCAUGGCGACACCCCACUACUGGUAGCUGGUUCAUUUAUGCAUUGUGUGAAGAGUUUAUGAAGUCGGCGCAUAAACUAGACGUGAGUACAAUGCUGGAAAAAGUUUAUCGGGAUUUAUCCGGAAAAGUCACUGAAUACAAUGGGAAUAUAAUCAAGCAAUCCGGAGAAUUCACGAAUAAAACAUUUGCGAAAUGUUUUUUUCACCCAGGCGUGUAUCGUGAUCAAAUGGGAGUUGUGAAGAACAUUCAUACAAAUACACAAGUAUAUCGUGAUAAUAUGGAUUCGUCGUUGAGUCUUAUAGAUGCCGCCAUUUGCGGCGAUGAAGGCGAAUGUGAACGGUUGUUAAAUGAAGGCGCAAAAAUCAAUGAAAGAGAUUCCGGUGGAUUCACACCGUUGCAUUGGGCGGCUUAUUAUAAUUAUAAUGGAAUUGUUGAGUGUUUAUUGAGAAAUGGCGCUGCUGUUAAUGGUACCACUGACUUGGGUAACACCCCUGCGCAUCUGGCUGCCUAUAAUAAACAUACUGAUAGUUAUAUUUUGUUGGUGUCUAAAGAAGGCAACAAAGCGUUGAAAAAUAAUAAAGGAGAAACACCAGAAGAAAUUAUCACACGUCGUAUAGAAAAUGUAAUGAAUGAUGAAUCAUCAUGAUCUACCAACAGAAGUGACAUUGAUGUUUACUUGGUUGCCUACCAUAAACAUGAAAAUGUUUAAAGAAAACGAUAAAAUGGUAAAAAAAAAUAAUUUUUAAACACUAGAAGAAUUAUUAACCUAAUGGCAACUAAAAUGACACUGCUGUUCACUUGGUUGCCUACCAUAAAUAUGAAAAUGUUUAAAGAAAACGAUAAAAUGAUAAAAAAAAUUAAUUUUUAAACACUACAAGAAUUAUUAACCUAAUGGCAACUAAAAUGACACUGCUGUUCACUUGGUUGCCUACCAUAAACAUGAAAAUGUUUAAAGAAAACGAUAAAAUGAUAAAAAAAAAAUUAAUUUUUAAACACUACAAGAAUUAUUAACCUAAUGGCAACUACAGUGACAUUGCUGUACACUUGGUUGCCUACCAUAAAAAUAAAAAUGUUGAAAAAAUCGAUAAAACGUUGAAAAUAUUGAUUUUCAAACACUAAAAAAAUUAUUAACAUGAACCAAUGACAAACAUUUAUGUGUACUUUAAUUUUAUCAUGUAAUAUUGCUAAUAAUAACAAAAUCUUUGAUGUAAUUUAGUCCUAUGAACAUAUUAUAUUUUACAAUAAAGUAUUUUCCAUUA